AUGACUACCAAGUCGAAUGCGGAGUGCGAGGCCGCCAUCAAGGAGUUUACCGAAUUGACGAAUACUGAUGAAGCCUUCGCUCAUUUUAUUUUGCAAGAUGUCGACUAUGAUCUUGAGGUAAGCGCAACUGAUUUAGAUGGGGAGCCGCUCCAAGUUUCCACAUGUAUUUCAUUUAUUGGAAAGUUUCCAUUUUCCGCAAAUACCGUAAAAAUUUGUAGAAGUCUGUUAAAUCAGAGGUACCAGUUUUUUAUCUACUUCUUUUUAUUUAUUUUUCAAUGGGGUGCGAACCCUAAAUUGGAUGUAUUUUUAGGCCGGAGUGUACAAAUAUUUCACGGAAAUUAAUACCGAUGCUCCACUGCCUGAUCAGAUCAUCAAAGAGGUUCUGGAUCAUCUUCCGCAGUCGGCCAGUCAACAAGCUGAUGGUGGACCUGAAAACGCCGAAGAAAUCCCUCCUGAAUUCAGCGUUGUUUCUUGGAAUAUUGAUGGACUCAACAAGGAUGCUCUAAAUCAACGUUUCCUGGCCGUAAUUACGAUUCUUGCAAGGUUGUAGCUUCGCCUGUUCCUGGAAAUGUUUAAUUUCAGACACAAUCCCGAAGUUAUCUUUUUCCAAGAAUUUGUUGCCGAGUUGGAUUCUAAAAUGAGAGAGAUCUUGGGAAAAAUGUACAAUGUUUACGAGGGCAGUAAGACUUUCCACUAUUACACGGUCACCUUGGUCAGCAAGAAUAUAACCAUUUUCUCAAAUAAAGUGAAGCAUUUCAAGUCGAGCGGUAUGGGAAGAAACAUGCUGAUUGUCGAGGUUUGCCUUCAUUUAUUGCGUACUGACGUCUGAGAAUUUUCAGGGAAAAUGGAAAGCACUUGACCUUUUUCUCAUCAACACCCACCUGGAGAGCGAGAAACAGUCUUCUGAGAUCCGGAAGGAACAGUUCAAACAAUGUAUGGACGAGGUGGAGAUGGCACAGGCGAAAAACAAACUAGUCCUCUUUGGCGGUGAUUUGAACAUCAGGGACAGAGAGGUAUGACCUUUUAUUUCUUUACCCAAAUAUUAAGGUCACCGGACUCCCACGGGACGUUAAGGAUUGCUGGGUGGCUGCAGGAUCAAGUGAAAGUUCUCGCUACACAUGGGACAUGUCUAAGAAUGACAACCUAGAGUUCCCAGACAGUGUGAGAUAUAAACUGAGAUGCCGUUUCGAUCGAUUUUACGUGUCCAGCCCAUACAAAAGAAUCAAGUUUAACAUCGAUGGCCAAGAAAGAAUCAAGACCUUGAGAUUAUUCCCAAGUGAUCACUUUGCUAUUGUAGCCAAAUUCUCGGAACCCGCAUCUUAA